AUGACGAAGAAGACACAACAUGGGACCCAGAAAUGUUUGAAAAAAAUUGAAAUCCAGAUUGCAAACAACACUGAUUUUGUUUGGUUAGUUUCAGCACAAAUUGAAGUGAUUCCGUGUAAAGUUUGUGGUGACAAAUCUUCCGGAGUGCAUUAUGGUGUUAUUACUUGUGAAGGAUGUAAAGGAUUUUUUCGGCGUAGUCAAUCCACUCUCAACAACUACCAGUGUCCCAGGCAACAGAAAUGUAUCGUUGAUCGAGUGAAUCGGAAUCGAUGUCAGUAUUGCCGUCUAAAGAAAUGUCUGGAACUUGGAAUGAGCCGAGAUGCGGUGAAAUUUGGCCGAAUGAGUAAAAAACAACGUGAAAAAGUAGAAGAUGAGGUCAGAAUGCACAAACAAAUGGCGGAAGUUCAAGGAAUUGCAUAUUCUCCAUAUGGUGAGUAUUCGCCUCCUGCUCCUAUACAUCCAGCCGCUGCUUACAGUAAUAAUUAUGAGCCAUCUGUGGCUUACGCUGCAAGUUCUUAUACAACUAACGCUGCAACUUAUGCUGCAGCUGCACCCGUUAGCUAUCCUUCUGUUCAGGGACAAGGUUAUUCAAUCGCUCAACAGGCAGCGGUACCCGCCCCCAGCGGUGGAUAUCCUCAACGGACAGUCGGUGCAUCUCAGCCUGAUGAAGAUCUAAUUGCGGGUGUUACGGCUGCAUUUGAUUCAGCACAUGGUCCUGCUACCAUUACAACUGCAGAUCGACUAGCUGUCGCAUCAACAAGUACCUUCACCGAGCAACAGUACCGCAAUAUGAACAGGUUCGAUGCAUGGAAGAAAUUUGCGGCAGAGCUGACUCGAAUAAUUCAAUGUAUUAUUGAAUUUGCAAAAAUGGUAGAAGGUUUUAUGCAAUUAAGUCAGGAGGAGCAAAUUGCGCUGUUGAAAGGAUGUGUUUUCGAGCUUGCAGCAAUUGUUGUUACCAGGCACUACAAUCCUGAAACUACCUCGCUGAUUCUCAGUCGAGAAGUCUUUCCAGCAUCCAUUUUUCGACCCAGCGAACAAGCUGAAUUGAAUUUCUUCCUUGGAAUGCACAGUUGCAUUCAUGAAUUAGCCCAGCUGCGGUUAACAAGCGCAGAGAUGGGUUUACUUUCCGCCUGGAUAUUACUGGAUCGUUCAUCACUUGGACAAUAUAUAGCUGAUUCUGGCCCGCUGAUGCAAAAAUUGUGUGAAAUAAUUCAACGUUUGCGUGGACAUGCUCAGGAACAUAUUCGUUUACUGGGACAAUUAUUUACUACAUACCCACAAGCAACGGAAAAAGGUGCGCUACCGGAUUUAUAUAAAGAACUCUUCUCACCACCAUCAUCCUGA